AUGGACACAGUGGCCAUCACGGAUAUUCUGGCCAUCAUGGACACUCUGGCCAUCGUGGACACUCUGGGCAUCAUGGUCACUCUGCCCAUCAUGGACACUCUGGCCAUCAUGGACACUCUGCCCAUCAUGGACAUCAUGCCGUUUCCCACCAUGACGAUCAUUAUCAUGAUGAUGAGAACCGUGACGGAGUCCCCGAUUCUCUUGACUUGAACCGUGAUGGCAAGAUUGACCACCAUCACGGUCACGGACAUCAUGGACACUCUGGACAUCAUGAUCACCAUGGACACGCUGGCCAUCAUGGUCACCAUGGACACAAUGCCCAUCAUGGUCACCAUGGACACUCUGGCAAUCAUGGUAGCCAUGGACACUCUGCCCAUCAUGGACACUCUGCGCAUCAUGGACACGACGGCCACACUCCUUUCGGAGACGGAUACCCCUACCACAACGUUGGACCCAAUGGUGCCGUUAUUAAUUCUCCAUCCGGUCUGAUUGUUGGUGACAACGGUGCUUACAUCGAUGCUCAGCACGGACUUGUUGUUGGACCGAGUGGCGAGAUUGCUCCCCACCACCACCAUUUCGGUCAUCAUGGUCAUCAUUAGUCUUAAAAACGUAAGUUUGAUUAGCUAACUGCAUGCAAGGCAACUGCUCCAUCCAUUUUAUGCCGUUAGGUAAGUGCACCUGAAUUUUACUGUAAAUAGAUAGACAGG